UAAAUUAAACUGCAUGACCAUUUUGAUUUUCCACUAAAAUGACAUCAUCUCCAUGCCAGAAAUAUGAUCCUUUUGCAUUGUCCGAUUCUGAAAACGAAGAAAAUAAGUCAACCGAUAUAAAUUUAAACAGUAGAGAAAAUGCCCUGAUUAAUAAUUUACCUGAUAAUUCAGAGAGUAAAGAUGGUUUUUCUUUAGAUGCUACUAACUCGAUUACGUUUUCCCCAGUUAGAGAUCUUACCAAUGAUGUUGAUAGAUUUCAAGCAAGUGAUGAUUUUUUAUCAUUAAUCCCUGUCCCUCUCAAAGAUCAUGAUGUUUCGGAUGCUAUACAUAUUGAUCAAGACUAUUCUAUUAAUAUUAAAUGUGAUGAUAUUCCUAUACCACCACCUAUACCUUCCUUGCCUUAUCCUGAGGAUAACAUUAGUUUGGGUGAUAAAUAUAAAUUUGUAGAUAAUGAAGUUGCAAAUCUAAUUGCUAAAGCAUCAAAAAAGCUUAUGAUAGAUCAUACUGAUAACAAUUUUUCUAAUAAACAUAAUCAAAAAACGGAUGUUACCCAAUUUCACAAUAAUAUAUCAAAACAAUCAUUUGAUAAAAUGCCCUUGUUUGGUAAAAGAGGUAAAAUUCUAACACCUUCAUUUGCUAUUAAACAGCAAAAUAUAAUUACUACUUCAAUAUUUUCAGAGGAAAAAUAUACCAAUGACAUUGUGGAACAGUUAUCUGAUGAUGAAUCACAUAAGAGUGAAAAGUUUAAAGAUCAUGAAUCCAUUAUCAAUAAAAAUGUUAAGGAAAUUUAUAUUGAAGAUAAUCAUACAAGAUCCAAUUUGGGAAAUGAUUUGAAGACCAAGAAUCUACAAAAUAACCAAAAUAUUUUAUUAGAAGAAAAAACUCUUACAAAUUCAAAUUUUACAACACCAAAUCCUAGCAAUAUAAUAAUCGAUAAUAUCAAGCCUAAACUUAAUUCUGUCAAAAAACCUUCAAUAUAUCUGCCUGAACCUUACAUUCCUUCCUUGUUAGAUGUUGAGAUUAACCUGCCAACUGACUUUAACAAACCCUUAUCCAUACCAAAUCUAACACCCCCUUUAUUGCCCCCAAUUAAAGGUCUGCCUUCUUUACUUGAUUUAAAUCUAUCUAGUUUUGACCUUAGCAAUCCUCAUCACAAUUUACUUUUGAAAGCUCAUAUUGAUCGUUCUAACAAUCUGGUUAAAGAUAAAGAUCCUUUACUAAAUUUAUCUUCUGGAGUUCAAGUACCAAUAAAAGAUCUUAUCAGUGAUGAUUUAAACAAACUAAAUCCCUUUCCUUCACUUCAUCCUUUUCCAUCAAUUCAACCUUUUAACACUUCUAAUUUACUUUUUCCUAAUCCGAAAAUUAACAAUCCUAAUAAACCUAUAAGACCUAAAAUACCCAGACAAACAGGUCAAGAACUUCAAGAAACUUUGGCUAGUGUUGCCAAGUCAAUAAGUGAACUUGUGGAACAAAAAGAAACAUUGGAAAAAAAAGAAAAUAAGGAAGAUUUAAGGAGGAAUAUUAAGUGGCAUGAAAAGGAGAAAGAUCAAUAUAGGAAACCUUCUAGGGAGAGGGAAAGAAGUGUUACAAAACGCAAGAGAAGUAAAGAUAGGAAUAUGAGAGAGGAUACAUGGAAAAAAUCAUUUGAUAAGACUGCCAUAUCACCUAAGAAAGCAUCUGAUAGAGAUGGAGUAAAGCAUAAAAGGGAUAUCUGGUCUAAAGAAACUCAACCUAAAAAGUUAUCUAAGCCUUUAAAGUUUACCAAAAAAGAAAAUGAUAGUAACUAUAAUGAAGUGUCACCUAAAUUUUGCAAAAAUGAUAAGACCCAACCUGAUAGAAAAGAUGUUGGAAGUGAAAUUAAGAGUCCAGAACAUUUGCCAAACUUAAAUUCCUUAAAGACAUCCAAAUCAAGCCGAAAACCCCAUAGUCCUAAAAUGGAUGAUAGCGACUUUCACAUGGACACGAUUGAAACGAUGAAUGUCAUCCGCUACAUUUCAAACAAAUCAUCUAAUCUUUUAGACCUUUACUCUUCGGACCCUAGCGAUCCCUCUAUUCUAUAUCUGUCAUCAAGUUUUGACAAUCAUUCCCACUUUUCUCCUUUCCGAAUUGUCGAAGACGACUAUUCGUUUCGAUCUCCAAGAAAAAAUAGCGAAGGAAAUAUGAAGGAAGAUAUGAACGCCUCUUUCAGUUACCUGAAAUGGCCGAAGGUUUUAGUAAAAUACACUAAAAAAGAUUCAAGGCACAACAAAAUUAUCCCUUAUUCCACAAAUCCAUACAACUUAUUAUCAUUGAAGGAUAAUGCAUUAUUAAAGGAGUUUAAAAUUGAUUCGAAAAGUUUAAAGAGUCAUUUUGUUGAUCAAAAUUGGGCAUCCAUAGAAAAUUUCUUCGUGCCUCUUAUAAAUCACGUAUCCCCCAAAACUUCUCCUAUUUUAUCAGAUCGGGAUGUAGAUUUAGAUGAUCAUCGCCAAGAUUUAAUAGAGCCUGUUCCUAUUUUAUCAUCGGAAUUGGAUAAAGAUUCACAGUAUCAUUGUCAAGAUUCUAUACCUCCAAAUAAUUUCACAACUUUAAAAAACGGGGCCACACCAGAACACGAAGAUAAUGGAAAUGAUACUAUACUAUUACCUGUGAAGGCAAUCGAUGAUUCAAUCGCAAGCUAUGUCGCUUGUAUUAAAAAUGCCGAAAACGAUUCCUUACCUAUACCUGCGGACACUUCAGACGUAUAUGUCAAAAAUGAUUCCAUACCUAUAUCCACGAAAACUUCAGGCGUAUAUAUCAAAAAUGAUGCUACCGAUAAUAACGAUGAUGAAAAUGAUACGGUGCUCUUACCAGCAGAGGCGAGUGAAGCAUCUUUCAAAAGCGGUGCCAUUGAAACAACGCCCGGUUUCGCUUCCAUUAACACCAUAAUUCAAUCCCUCCUCGCCUCAACCUCGGCGGGCUUCGCGACAACUAAUAAAGAUAUUUCAAUCUCACUACCCUCCAGCACUAACUCAGUCGAUAUUCAGCCACUAAUAUCGGUUAUAACUAAUCUAGUUACAUUAUCCUUAACCAACGCUCCAUUGUUGGAAAAAUUAAACGCCUUAUUAGCGAAACCAUCGCUUAUUAACCAACUUGCGUCUGGUGAAAAUUUGAAUUCAACUGCACACUUCGGUAUGCAGGAGGAUAAAUAUUUCAAAAUAGAGGAAGAGGAAAAAGUAAAAAAUACUAUGAAAAGCGAAAAUUCACAAUUAAUUAUGACGGAGAUUGGGCAGAAUUCGAUAAAUUGCAAGAAAAACGAUAUUGAAAUGAACGAAUCUGACUUUAGUUUUAACGACAUCCACGAAGACUCCCAAAAAAAUCCUAUGGAAGCAAUAACAAAGACUCUUAAUGACGAUUUACCUAAACAUUAUUUCAAUUUAACCGAAGACAACAACCCUUCUAUAGAGCAUAACGUUUCUGAUAUUUCAUCGAAUCACCCCAACCUUAGAACACAAACUGUUCCUCAAACCACCUUUACCUCUCCAAUAUCUUCUGACGCUACAAAAGACUCAUUAUUGGGUAACAUAACCUCACUUCUACUAGCCCACAUAGAUCUUACUUCGCCUAUUUCGGAAUCUUCUGCCAAAAAAGGUUCCAAUAAGUCGGAGCUUAAAAAAUCGGUAUCUUUCGACUUGUCGCCUCAUCGGGAUAGCGAUUCUCCUCCGCCUCCACCCCCUCCCCCACUUCAAACCGACUCGAAACCGAACGCUGUCAGUAAAACAAAGAAAAAGAAGGGCGAAAAACAGAAAGGUAAGAAUAAAAAGGCGGAUAAAAAGAAUAAGAAGCAUCGCAAGGACGAGAAAAAAUCCAUGGAUAAUAACGAUAGCGGAUCGGAUUCUCCCCCACCCCCUCCGCCACCAUUAGUCUCGCUCUCGUCUACAAUUCAAUCUCACAACCAUUUAUAUCACCAACUGAUUGCUGGACAGCACUAUUUUCCCCAACUUGAUCUAAACAAUACCCUUAACUUGCAUAACCUAAAUAACAUCCCUAUACCUAAUAUCCAACAGGCUUUCAAUAUUCAGGGAGGAAUGCCACCAUUCGUUAACUUUUCUGUUCCUCCCUUUAACAAUAUUAUCACUGAUCCGAACAUCACCUAUUCGCGUUAAUUAAUUAUAUGUAACUUUCAACGGUUUUCAUCAUUGUGAUUUCUAGAAAAUAUUUUUUUUUAUACCAUUGAUAUUUAAUUAUUUUAUACAUAUUUUGCGUUUAAAUUUGGGUGAUAGAAUAAUAAUAAUUUACCGUGAAAUACUUUAUAUUUUGAUUUGAUAUAUUUAU